AUGAUAUCGCCUUUAAUCUCACGCCAUCAUGCUGAAAUUGUUCAAACCGAAACGGUAAAUGGAGAAACUAAAUACAUGAUAUACGACAAUUCGUUGAAUGGAACAUUCGUUAAUGAUAUGCGCGUUCCGCUUCGCUCUUUUAGAAACAUUCAGCAUCCAUUGGCGUGUUGCGAUCUGCGGGAAAACGAUAUCAUCACGUUUGGCCAUUUCAGUGGCUCAUCUGUGCUUCCCGGCGAGUACGCCCCUCAGGCGACACCGGAUUUUUCGUUCGUUGUCGAGAAAAUGGAUCCUAACCGACAAUAUGUUGGAUUUGACAAAGAGUAUAAUCGUGUCUCGACAAUGAUAUGCUGGUCAGAUAAUUUGCCUCUCGUGCCUCAUCGCAAUAUUUCCCUCAAUCCGGAAAUCUAUUCCUCUUUUCAUGAAGGCGAAUCGAAAAUUGAAGUUUGUAAAGCAUUGGAGAUGGUUGAGUCGAUCUUGUUACCGGGUCAGGCUGUGCCAGUGCCGAUUGGUGCCGGCAGACGGAGCAACGCCGUGAACAUAAGGCCAUUUGAGCAGCAGCUAACGACGCCGUCAAGACGUGAGCCAGUGCUGGCUGCAUCAGCAGCCAUUCAGGUGUCGCCUCCGCGGUUCCAGCAAAAGCGCCAACUGCAGUCGGCGACACCUUCGCAAUCUGCACCGUGUCUGAAGCAGCAAAGGUUGAGACAAUCAUCUCCGACAACCUACAUUCUAGACAAAGUGCCUGCGGCAGGAGUGAACACACCGAAGAAAUAUCCGCUGAGGAUUUCUCCAGAAUCUACCUCUCACCUACGAAUAAAAACUGUUAUAAGGCGAAAGCCUGAGAUUCAAAAGGUGCAACAGGAUCACGAGCAGCUACAAGAACAGCAAGUUCUCCACCGAAGCGAAUCCCCACAUGAGCUUCAAGAACAAGGAGAAAACGAAGCUUGGCAAGAUCAGCUGUUACUGCAUGAAAUAGAAGAGCCAGAACAAGAGCUGCUGAGAAAUCAAGAAGAGCUUCUGCAGCAGGAGACGCAGGAGGAGCUCCAACCAGCGCAGAAAGAAUCUCAGCAACAUCAGAAGCACCAAGAAGAACUUCAGCAACAGCAAGAAGAGCUUCAGCGUCACCAGAAACAUCAAGAGGAGGCUCAGCAUCAGCAGCAGGAAGUUCAACGACGACAGGAGCAGGUUCGGCAACAAAAGGAAAAUCAGCGACAGCAGAAGCUACAGGAGGAGGUUCAGCAAAAAGAGGAACAUCAGCGACAGCAAAAGCUACAAGAGGAGGUUCAGCGACAACAACAGGAGGAGAUUCAGCAGCACGAGGAACAUCAGCGACAGCAGACGCUACAAGAGGAGGCUCCGCGACAGCAGGGGGAUCUUGGCCCACAACAGGAGGAGCUCCAGAAGCAAGAGGAUCUUCAGCGGCAGCAGGAGGAGGUUCAGCCGCCACAGGAAGAGGUUCAGCAACAUCAGAAACUCAAGGAACAGGAGGAGGAGCUUCAGAGACAGCGAGAGGAACUUCAGCGGCAGCAGAAACAUCAAGAGGAGGUUAAACGAAAGCAGGAGGAAGAUCUAAGAAAACAAAAGGAACAGGAUCAACUUAGAAGACAAAAGGAACACGAGGAGUUGCUGAGAAAAUAUAGCGAAGAAGAUGAUCUUCGAAAGAUUCGUGAGGAGCAAGAAUUGCUUCUUAAAGUACGCAAGGAACAAGAGGAGAAGCUAAAAGAGCAAGAGGAGAUUUUGAAGAAGAGACAACAACAAGAGCUUCUUAAGAGAAACCAAGAACAGGAGUUGCUGAUCAGGAAUCAAAAGCAAGAAGAACAUGAGAGAAGACAAAAUGAGCAGGAAGAACAGUGGAGAAAACUUAAGGAGCAAGACGACCUGUGGAAAAAACAAAAGGAGCAGGACGAACUGCCAAUCACACAGCAGAUGUUCGCGAAAGCAAAUCCGAAUUCGUUUAUUCUACCUCAAGUGACGUCACAAAAUCAAAUUUUUUUGCAAACUCUAAAUGCAUAUUUGCCCAACUCAUCUGCGAACGUGAUGUUCAAAUCGUCCACCUCAAUGUUCCAGAACGUGCACCAAUCGCAGCAUCAGCAAGCACCACCGCCGCUGCCACCACCUCCACCUCCACCCCCACCAAUUCAACAACCUCAACCAGUCGAUUUUGUCUUGCCUGCUCUUUCGGAUUUGCUACCGAGCUUGGGGUUGUUGCUUUCGACACAACUGCCAAACAAUCCAGCUCCGGAAUUGUCAAACAACCCAACUAAUCCAGCACCUCAAUUGCAAAAUAAUCCAACUCCUCCGUUGUCCAGCAAUUCGAUGUUUCUCAAUAACUUAUUGUUGACGCAACAAUUGCAACAUUCACAGAUGCAGCAGUCGCAAUUGCAGCUGACUCAAGAGCAACUACUUCAAUUAUUGAAUCAGAUUCAAUCACGAAAUCAGCAGCAAUCGCAGCAGCCGCAACAACAGCAAAUAGAAGCUACGAAUCAAGUUUCACCGCCCCGAGUAAUAAUUCCGGAGCCGCUUGCUGACCAACGCCGCAUUUGCUCAAGAACAGGAGAAUUGGUGCCUUCUGAUCCAAACACUCCAAAGAAUAGCGAUGUUACGAAUGGUUCUGUUACAAUCGCAACACAAAGCUCGCCUGUUGAAUGCCAUAGCUUGGCUCCAAGUCCUCCGAAGCCAACACAAAACGGACAGGAAAUUUUUGAGGAAAUAGAUGUUACUGUUCCGAUCCAGGAUGGCAAUUUCAUUCAACAAUCUGAAUCUCCGCCUUCGUCCGGUACAAUUAUUUCAGAUUCUGUUGACGGAGGUAUAGACGAGUCCGACGAUGAUGAGCCAAUUGAUGUUGGAACACCGGAAAUCGUAAAGCCUAGAGAAGAUGAAGUAGCCAGAGAAAUAGUCAUUGAACAAGUAGUCACUGAAGAAGUAGUCACUGAAGAAGUAGUCACUGAAGAAGUAGUCGCUGAGGAAGUAGUCGCUGAAGUAGCCAAUGAAGAAGUAGCCAGUGAAGAUGCACCUAAGGAAGUCAUAGCUAAGGAAGACGUAGCCAGGAAAGAAGGAAUUAUUGAUAACAUCUCGAGUCCACAAAAUACACAACCUAAAAAAAAGAAGAAGAAGAGAACAAAUGAGCUCAAUAAUUUGCUGAAUGAUGUCGCUUCGUUCGCUCAAGCAACUACAUCUAGCGUGCAUCGACGUCCAACUGAAGACCAUAUUGUGGAGAAGCUUGGGCAGAGAAAAUUGAGAAAGAAGGAGAAGGCUGUGCUUCGCGAAGGACAAUCUGGUGACGAUAAGAACGAUCCUGAAAAACGAUUGAAACAGCUUAGUGAUGAAUCUAGCGUCUCCAGUGAUUCCGACGAUGAGCAUCCUACGGUGAACACGAGAAAACGAAAGAUUUCAUCAGCAAAGAAUAAGGAAGCGGAUAUUCAAAGCGACUCUGAACAUUCUGACGCGGAAGAGAUGAGACCGAAAAGACGUCGAGUGCAAAGAAAACGCAAGGCCGGCAGCUCUACAGCAAUCGCAACAGAAUCAACUGUACAAACAAAUGCCGACAAUACUUAUUCUGGCGAGGUUUCAAAACCAAAGAGACGAGGAGGAAGGAGAGCGGUUCCAGUUGCGCUUCCAUUAGAAACGGCGGAGGUUCUUCCUGCUUACUUAUUAGAAUGCGGAAAUCGCGGAAGAUGUAAAGUCAGACUCUCGAAGGAGAUUGAAUGGGUUCAAUGCGAUGACUGUAAACAAUGGUGGCAUAUGAUAUGCCUAUUCGGAAGAAAUUUUAAAUAUGACGAGGAAGAUUUUCGCUGUUGUGGUGACAAUCCGACCCUUCCACCGUCAUAUUCAGUAGGGAGAGGACGCAAAUCGAGAGCUUAA